AUGUCAAAAUUCUACAAAAUUAUGCAGGCCACUGCAGAACAACAUGCUUCAGAUGCAUGUAACAAGGCAAGUGAAGCUUUAAAACAUGAAACCCAAAGUGUCACGCAUGCCGGCGAAGACAUGAUGGGCAAGGCUGCAAGUACAGCAGAUAAGAUGGGGCAGCAAGCCAAAGGAAUGGCUAGAAAUGCAACUGAUUCAGCACAGGACUUAGGCAACAAAGCAACCCAAAAGGCCAAGGAUGCAUGGGAAAGUGCAACAAAUACUACUGAAAGUGUCAAGGAUACAAUGGUUGGCAAGGGUCAAGAUGCUAAGGAAUCCAUAAAAGAAAGUGCUGAGACAGUCAAGAAUGCUAUGAACACCAAGAAUUGAUCUUCUCAACAGCAGGAGUUAAUGCUUAAUCUCUUUAAGUAACUAUUUUGUUCUCUCCCCCUUCCUUUUGAAGGGGAUGUUAAAAAUGGAAUAGAAGGUACCCUUUCCAUGUAGGAUUUAUAGAUGGAAAAUGCAAGACUAUUAAUUUCUUGUGGUAAUAAACUCCAUCUAUUACAUUUUUGUUUUGU